GCGUCAAUUUAACUGAUGUAUUACACCGUGCGAACGCCCGAGUCCACGCUACGCGGGUGGUGCAAGAACGAGGACAAGCUGCGCUACAUGACAUCGCGAUUGUCCUCGCCUGACACCGACAAGAGCAGCGACACUGAGCCGCUGGAAAAACGUGCGCGCACCGAGUCGCCCGCCGCGACUUCGCCUGCGCCGCUGCCUCACGCCGGCCUCGACCUCUCGGCUCCGGCACCGGCACCGGCACCCGCGCACGCCCCGCACCCCUCACCGCCCAUUGAUGCUCCUGUCGAGCUGACUACCCGCCGCGCAGAUCCCGCCCCCGCUCCUCCAUCGCCCCGCGACCGCAGGCCCGACCCCGGUGCUAGCGUCUCCAUGAGUGCCAUCAGCCCGCUAUCCGGCCUCGCGCACCUGCCUGGUCUUGCACAUUCACAUCUCGGUCUCAGCUUCAAUGAGAUCGCCACCAAUUUGACGCUUCUGGCGCAGCUGAACCCGGGCAUAUCGGCGCUGUCCGCGCAACCCGCAAGUCGCGCAUUACGCUCUGUGCGCUCGCCCAAACCCGCGCACAACGGAGUCCUCAACCUGAACGAACCGAGCAAGCACCGUAGCAAGACCCACCACUACUCUCACUCAGACCCGUAUUCGCGACACAGCUCCAAAUCAAGUCACCACGUCUCUUCCACCACCGCUAACCAGCCGGUCGAUGACUCCCUAUGGUAUUGGCUCAAGACCCAGCAGGCCAUGCUCGACCUCACAUCGCAGACCACGGCGGCCCACCCUCUAACCCUCGGCAAGAGCGAACCGAGCCUUCCACCAAAACCCGUUGCGCCAACGGUCCCUAUCAGUUCACACCUUGACUAUAAUAGGAACUCUUGGCUGUGGCAGUAUUACAAACAGUUCGGCGGGGCGAUGCCUCUGCCGGAAGACAAGCUCAAGUCGGCCUCACAGGUACCAAAAGAUAAGACAUCAGAGAAUAUCCUAUACUCGCACCUAACGAAAGGGAAAACCGAGGAGGAGCGAGCUAGCACGAGGAGCCCAGUGCAGCCCCCGCAGAAUGGUGAAGUGCGAGAACCGAGCGGCGAAUCGGUGCGCGUGGCUGAGCCAGCCGCAAGCCCCGGCACAGGUGCUGAGAACAAGGAGCCCGUCGAAAACAAGAGCCAGGCCAAUGCACGCACCGUGCUCGACAGUUUACUGUUCAACAAUGGCACGGCGGACGCGCGAGCCGCGGCUGCGUUGCCCGGAGAGUGGGAGGCGGGCGCGGCCGAGGUGCUGGAGCACGGCGACAAGUUCCUGGCGUGGCUGGAGGCGAGUGCCGACCCGAGCGUGACCCGCAUGCACGUGCACCAACUACGUGCGCUGCUGCAUAAUUUGCGAGCGCGCCGCACACCCGCCGCUGCGCUCGAUCCAGCGCGUCGCAAAUAAGCGGGCUACAGCCGCGGCCCCCUCGCUACAGGGAAUAUCUUCAAUUAUGUGUACAUAUGUAGUCUAUGUCGCCAGUAAGCGUUCACUUGUGAUAUGUGUAGCCAAAUUUGCGUAAUUUCUUUGUUCUAAAAGAAAAGCUAUGCAUUAUUUCCCUUUAGUCAUAAGAGUAGUUAAGAUCCGACACUGUUUGCGGAGUUCGUCGAGCCACCUCGUUGAACGUCUUUAAUAAUUACAGUUUUCCAGUUUAACAAAUAUAAUAAGUGUAGUGUCAGUUAAGUGGAUCUGCUAUUAACUAUCUCAGAACUAUUUUUUACUAUGUAU